CCUACACCGGCUCCUAGAGGGGAAACUGAGGCUGGGGACGGCUCGGGACUUGGCCGAGGUCGUGCAAGGCUGGCUGGUGCGACUGGGACUCGGCCGACACCACGGUCCGGGUUCACUGGGUAGUUACGUUUGCCUGGUACUGCGUCGACAUGUUUUGUUUUAAUCUGGCUGCCAAUAUUUGAAAAUCAGGACAUUUCCCAUAAAAACUCAAGCUUUAGUUUGUUUGGAAGAGGAAGAAGAUCGGGCAACAGCCCGACUGCCCACUUUCCUGGGAGACGCAGCCCCCCCAGCGCUCUCCCGACACAGAGGGCCCGGGGACACCUGUCACGGGGACAGCGCUGUCUCAGCACACUCGUCACUUUUAAGGGGGAAGUGACGAUGCGCGGGCCCGAGCGCUAGACAGAUGCGGGGAGGCCUUCUUGUUGGAACGAGGAACAUUGCCCCGUGAGGAAUCAACCUCCCAGGCCGUGAGAGGACGCGAGGAAACCUGUCGUGCACUGAGAAGGAGCUGCGGUUACAUAGCUGAGGAGCCCCCCAGUACCUAGAAAAGUCAGGGUGGGCUUCCUGGGAGAGGUGACAACUGGGGGACGGGGUUAGAAGGAGGAAAGGCACCAGGAACCAAGAAAGACCCAUUUGGAGAUGGCCUUUUAUGGCUCGGCCUAUGACGCGCGGCUACGGCAGAAGGUGGCGGUAAAGAAGCUGUCGCGACCCUUCCAGUCGCUGAUCCACGCGCGGAGAACGUACCGCGAGCUGCGGCUGCUCAAGCACCUGAAGCACGAGAACGUCAUCGGGCUGCUGGACGUGUUCACGCCGGCCACCUCCAUUGAGGACUUCAGCGAAGUGUACCUGGUGACCACCCUGAUGGGCGCCGACCUGAACAACAUCGUCAAGUGCCAGGCGCUGAGCGACGAGCACGUCCAGUUCCUGGUUUAUCAGCUGCUGCGCGGGCUGAAGUACAUCCACUCGGCAGGGAUCAUUCACCGGGACCUGAAGCCCAGCAACGUGGCGGUGAACGAGGACUGCGAGCUGCGGAUCCUGGACUUCGGGCUAGCCCGCCAGGCUGAUGAAGAGAUGACCGGCUAUGUGGCCACUCGCUGGUACCGGGCCCCCGAGAUCAUGCUGAACUGGAUGCACUACAACCAGACAGUGGACAUCUGGUCUGUGGGCUGCAUCAUGGCUGAGCUGCUCCAGGGAAAGGCCCUCUUCCCAGGAAGUGACUACAUCGACCAGCUGAAGCGAAUCAUGGAAGUGGUGGGCACACCCAGCCCUGAGGUUCUAGCAAAGAUUUCCUCAGAACACGCCCGGACCUACAUCCAGUCCCUGCCUCCCAUGCCCCAGAAGGACCUCAGGAGCAUCUUCCAUGGGGCCAACCCCCUGGCUGUGGACCUCCUGGGAAGGAUGCUGGUGCUCGACAGCGACCAGAGGGUCAGUGCGGCGGAGGCCCUGGCCCAUGCCUACUUCAGCCAGUACCAUGACCCCGAUGAUGAGCCUGAGGCUGAGCCCUACGAUGAGAGUGUUGAGGCCAAGGAGCGCACCGUGGAGGAGUGGAAGGAGCUCACCUACCAGGAAGUCCUCAGCUUCAAGCCCGCAGAGCCACCGCAGUCUCCCAGCAGCCUGGAGAUUGAGCAGUGAGAACACGUGCCUGCUGGCCCCUGGGACUGGAGGACGGGCAGGAGCAUGCCGGCCCGCUUCCGCAGCCUGCUGGAUUCCCACGAGGGCUGCCUCCCAGCACCACUGUGGCCAGCACCCUGAGCCUAGCUGGGGCUCCCUCGCCUGCACGCUGCCCGUCGUGGGCAGUCUGUACGCAUGUGAACGCACAAGAGUGUGCAUGGGUGCAGGCCACGAGUGCAGGCGUCCAGACAGAGCACCCUGGACUUCCUCAGUUCUCUGCCUCCUCCCAACCACCUGGGUCUCCCGUAGGACCUCAUCUGGAUGCCUUGGGGUUCCCCGGGGAAUAUGUCUGUCUCCAAACCUCCUCAGUCCCAGAGGGCUGUCUCUGGAGGGCGUGGUGCCCUGGGGCCAGGCCCUCUGGAGACUGAAGGGAGGGUCUUGGUUGUCAGAGCCUCUCAACCUGGAAGGGGCGGCUGUCCUGGGAAAUGCUGAGACCCUGAAGGUCUGAAAGCUGAGACCGUCACCACGUAUCAGAUGAGAAGACCAUCCUGGAGCCCCGUGUUCCCCUGGGCCAUAUGUGGCACGCGCAUACUAAUGCUCCCGGUACUGACAUGCCAAGGCGCGUGUGAAUCUGGGGGGGCCUGAGAGCCAGCUGCCGUGAGCAGCUGGAAGCCUGAAGUGAGGUGCCUCUGCUGUUACUUCCCUUCCAUGCCAGCGGCUCUGGUGGACAAAGGGCAACCAGGGAACAAAAGCCAGGGCUUUCUCCUGGAGUGUGGGGGUUGCAGCAGACAUGAAGAGGUGGUUGGCACAGGGGGUUCCAGGCUUGAUGCUGGUGGGGGGGGGAGGGGCACACCCCAGUGUGCCCUUGGACUCAGACCCUGACCUUGGCCAGCAGCUGAUGAAGAAGCCUCUGCCUGCUCUUGCUCUACCUCUGCCCCCCCUCCGGCCCUGCAGCUGAGCCCUGGACUGUUCUGCGCUCUGGGUCUGCUCGCCUCCUCCCUUCUUCCAGAACGGAGCUGGUCCAGUAACCUGUGGACAUGACCCUGCUCAAGAUGUUGGGGGUGUGGGUCCCCCAGCGAGGGGCUUCUCUUUGAGGAGGUGGUGUCCCGUGUGUCGGAUGGUGACUCCCCACCUUGCAGAGGUCUCAACGUCAAGUGCCUGCACCGGGGUUUCACAAUAAAGGGGGUUCUCUCCCA